AUGGCGCCACGAAAGAAAUCAGUAUCGGUCAACGAAUCGCCCAAGCAGGACUUCACCGAAGCUCUGGCGCCCGUGGUUCCACAUCUGGCGCGCAUCCCCACACCAGCUCGCUUUCUCCUGGUGGUUCUGAGCAGUCUGGCUCUGAGCUCUGUGCUAUUCACCCUAACUUCUGGACUGACAGUUGGAGACCUUGGUUUGAUCAGCAAGCAUCUGGAGGAAUGGUGGGAAGUUGCAGGGCUAAUGAGCUGGAGAGCUGUGGAGGUUGGACUUGUUUGGGUUCUGGGAUUCGACAGCUGGGAUGUUUUAUCGUUUCUCUACCUCACCCACCUGCCUACCUACUCGCUCUUGACAUUCUUCUACAAUGUCAGACCAACAUCUGCGCUCAUAUCCUACACAAUUACGGUCUCUUCAAUUGUGAUCCCAUUCUUCUUCCUGCGCAGUCCCGCGUCCGUCCAUAAUCUUUCGCACGCUCCCUCGGGCGCAGUUGCCAACCGAUCUAUCCUGCAAGACCGCCCCACAGCCAUUUACACCACCCUCGCGGCAACUUCUAUCUUUACAGUUGUUCUAUACGCUAGCUAUGCCUCCUGGCUUCCCACCAUGCUGGUUGUGCACUUCGAGAGUAUUCCCGACAUUAGCGCCGCGCAUGCAGGUCCAGCGGGGUUUCCGAUUCUCUUUUUGACAUUGAUCCCUGCUGGUUAUGCCGUGCGCGACUUUCUUUUCGUCAGCUCUACAGGACAUGACAUAGGCCCGGCUGUCGAAGAAUCACAGCCUACGGAUCAUGAUAGUCAAUACAUCGUCAUCAGUGUAUAUUGCAGGACUGUGGGCCAGUUGUCGGCAAAGACUAGAAUUCUCGCUUCUCGGACUCUGAUCCUCGCUGCUGGUGUAUUGCUCAAUACCGUUGUGCAAGUUGCAGGUACCAUUAGAGAAGUCUCUGUCGAGGGUGCGUCUCUCUGGGGUGCUGUCUGGUCGGUUGCGACGCUGGCUGUUGGUGCUUUGUUUGGGUGGAUUGAGGCCGUGGAGGGACUAUGA